CCUGGGAGGAAGGCACCCGGAAGCGGCGCGGUUGCCAUGGUGACGGCGGGGCCGCCAUGUCCUUCAAGCGCGAUGCGGACGAUCCGGGCCCGCUCGGGGCGUUGCAGAAACGCCGGGUGUCGGACCUGCUGGCAAACUCCAUCCCCGAGGACGAGGCGCUGCUGCUGCGGAGCGGGAGGUUUGCCUGCUCCGUGUGUCCCAACCGGCCCGUGUGUGACACCCUGGCGGCCCUGGCCGUGCACAGGGGGGGCAGGAGGCACCUGCACAAUCUCCAACUCUCCUAUGGCCGCACUCGCUCCCCGCUCCCGGCUCCGAGGCUCCGGGAGAGGCUCCGGGAGAGGCUCCAGGGAUCCCAGGCCCCGCUCCUGGCACGGACACGACGGAUCGCCCGGAGCGCCCUCCUGAAAUCCCCCUACAGCAGCUGCUGCCGCAGGAAAGGGGCCCAGGGAAGCAGCUCCCGGGCCGGCACCACCCGGAUGGUGCUGGAGCCGCUCCGGAACGCGGGAGAAUCCCGGGAAUCCUCAGCCCUGCUGCUGGAUCACGGCAGCGGGAGGGCAGACGUUCCAAAGGCUCCGAGCCGGGAAGGGAAAUCCUCGGUGUGGGACGAGCUGAGCCCCGAGCGGCGCCGGCUCCUGCAGCACCACCUGCACCUGCGCAGCUCCGGGUGGCUCCAGGAUCCCUCUGGGAAGUGGGUGAAGGACGGGAACGCCGAGUUCGACUCGGACGAGGAGGAGCCCCUGGCGCUGCCACCGAGCUGACCCCUCCCUGUGCCCAAAUCCCCCGGGAAUGCAGCCUGGAGGGCACCCCCAGAGCCCUCGGGAAGGGGGAUCCAGGGAAUCCUGGUGUUUUCCUGCUCCCCCCGGUGCCUUUUCGGGGUGUCCCCCUGACCUCCCCCCGUGCCCAAUUCCCAAAAAUCCCCCCUGGCCCCAAAGGGGUCUCCAA